CCUCGUUUCCCGACAAGAAAGUUUGGGAGCCAUCGUUUUCCCUCUCUUCCUCUCUUUGGAGGGAAAACCUCCACCAACGCCUUCUUUCAUUUCCGUCCAUCUCUAUCCAAAGCAAAGUUAUGGAAAUUUAGGGUUUCGUUCGGUCAGGAGACUGCAGAUCUGCUGCAUUUCUCUUUAUUUAUUCAUUCUUAUUCUGGAUCGAUCGGAGCAACGACUACUAUAGUUCGUCUUCUACAUCUUCUGUCGUUUCCGAGCGAUUAUUUUUUUUUUCAGAUGCUUGAGAAUGGAGACAGCAUUCUGAUUUUCAAUAUGGCUCUUUAAGAGUAAAGUUUGGUCAUCAUCUGCAAAGAGAUCUCUUUUUUAUUUAACAAUGCAAACCAAGAAGAAAUUACUGACACGAAAUGCUGCUCGAGAACAUGUCAGUCCAAGAAUGUCAAGACAACAGAAGAAAGUUGCUGAGAGUGUGCAAGUUGUGGAAAACAAAGUCACGGAGCUUAUUACAUCUUCUGUUAGAAAGCAGAGAAUUGGUUAUGUGCCUAAGAAAAGUAGAGAGCCAGUGGCAGUUAAAAAUUUGAAUCCUAGUCACAAACUGACAUGUGAUGGGGAUCGCAGUAGAUGCUUGGAUUAUGAUACAGCUAAUGGUGCUUCGAUUGACUGUAAGGGAUUUCAUGAAGGGACUGGUGAAUGCACAUUGGAUACCAUAUUUUCGCCUGCCUUCCAUGUCUCGAAAGAUGUGGGAGUCCUUGCUAAUGGAGCAAGCUUCAUUAAGUUUUUCCGGAGCGAAGACCACAAAAUCAAUCAGAACUCCAGAAUUAUGGAACCAGUUGAUGCAUUGAGAAGUAUUGUUUCUGUACCAACUUCUAAUCCAACUGAAAAGGAUGAGCAGAAGAAUUAUGGCCAGAAUAUCGAACCAGAUGCUGAUACCAUAUGUCCUGUUGAUAUGGAUGUGGAUUCAGAUAUUUCCUCUGAUCACUUAGAUAUUCAGAACAGUAGUCAUCAGAAGCCUUCUUCGGAGCCUAAUGGAGUGUCACACGGUAAUAACAAUUUAGUUGCGGCAAGUCUAUCAUCUGAGGUUUCAGCAAUAUACCUUGCCAUGCAGCAGUCAAAGUUGGAGUGUGUUGAUGAGCUCAGUCAAGAUUCAAUUUCGACUGACAUGUGCGUGGAGACUGAUGACAUUGAAGAAACCGAUGAUUUUGAUCCAUAUUUUUUUAUAAAAAAUUUACCAGACUUGUCUUCGGUGGUUCCUACUUUUCGACCCAUGCUACUCCCGAAGCAAACACGGAGUUGCCCUCGUACUACACUUGUUUUGGACUUGGAUGAGACACUUGUGCACUCAACUCUUGAACACUGCGAUGAUGCAGAUUUUACAUUUUCGGUAAAUUUUAACUUUAAGGAACAUACGGUUUAUGUUCGAUGUCGCCCUCAUCUCAAGGACUUUCUGGAAAAGGUUGGCAACCUUUUCGAGAUCAUCAUCUUUACAGCCAGUCAAGCAAUCUAUGCGGAGCAGCUUCUGAAUGUACUGGAUCCCAAAAGGAGAAUAUUUCGCCACCGUGUUUUUCGCGAGUCCUGUGUUUUUGUAGAGGGUAAUUAUCUCAAAGAUUUGUCUGUUCUGGGACGUGAUUUGGCUCGUGUGAUCAUAAUUGAUAACUCUCCGCAGGCUUUUGGGUUUCAAGUGGACAAUGGGAUCCCAAUUGAGAGUUGGUUUGAUGAUCGUUUGGAUCAAGAAUUACUGUUGUUACUUCCUUUUCUGGAGAGUUUGGUUGGAGUCGAAGAUGUUCGGCCAUUGAUUGCAAAGAAAUUCAAUCUGCGGGAGAAGAUAGCUGCAGCUGUAUAUCCAUCAUUGAACUCAAAUAAAGGAGAUCCUUUCGAAAGGUGAGCCCAUAAUGCGUGAUUGACCUACUAUAUAGUUUGUAUCAUUGUGGAAUGCCCGUACCCCUGAAA